AUGCCUUCGUAUAUUGAAAGCCUGGACCAAAUAGCUGACUGGUCAGUACGUUAUAACGGCAAAGGAAAUCCAUUAGACUUCGUGGAAAGAAUAGAAGAGCUAUCAGAAAUCUAUGACAUCGACUUAAAUAUAGUCCCAAGGAUGAUGACCAUACUCCUUAAAGAUUGGGCAGCAAUGUGGUACCGUAAUAACAAUAAACGUUGGACCCUUUGGUCAAGCUUCAAGGCAGACUUUUUAGAAUUUUUUCUUCCAUAUGAUUAUUACGAAAGAUUAGCAGAACUUCGUACAGAGCGAGUUAAAACAAGUCGAAGUCAGGUACAGGAAGCGAUCAGUCAUCGCCUGAUAAGUAAACACUCAGAAGCGACGUCAUUACCAAAUACCACGAAAUGUAUGCCAACUACAAGAACAGGGCAGCACGUUGAUUACAGUGUGAAUCUGGAGCCACAUGGACCACAAAACAAGAAAAGUUACCAACAACAGAGUAGUUUCAAAGUUAAGCAAACAACAAUACGAAUAAACACCAUUAAAACGGCAACGACACCAUUAUUAUCCAAGUCAACCAUGAUACCAAGCAUGCAACGGCAAAGUAAUCUAGCUCAACUCUCAGUAACAUCGCAAGUAAAUAUGCAGGAACCACAACCUCUACAUUGUUCGAAACUCAUCAAAGAAAGUCCGAAAGUCCAACCACAACAGGAUGUAACGCGAAAAGAACCACAACCCGUCGAAGAAAGUCCACAGGUGCUAGACGCACAACCACACUCAGUACCACUACAGGGAAAACCACAAAAGGAGGCAAUUCAUAAAUGCAUCGUAACCCCUCCACAGAUUUCAACGUCUCAUAGGGAAAGUCCAGAAGUAUGUUAUCAACAAGCAUAUGCACAACAAUCGCUAGUUAACUACAAUCAGAAUACGCAACCACGAGAGCAAAAGCAUCAACUCGAAGAGCAUGACUUAUCAUCACGUCCAGCACUGCCACAACAACUUGAGCCGCAGCCGCCAUCUUCGGUUAAUCAACCACAGUCACCACGAGGAGCACCACCAAGAGAUAAUCACCAAUCUGGUCAACCAUCAUCUUCGUCAUCAACUACAUCGCUACAGAGGAAUUCUACUAUAAUACAGCCAGUAUCGGAUAAUCGUCAUGUACAACUUACGAAUUCAUUAGGUCCAUUAGUUAUCAAUGUUUCAGAUAGUAAACUUAACACGGAACUACCAAGCCAGGGAACUCAAGCAAAGGGUACAAUCAAGCAUGACAGUCAACAAGAACCAUGGUCACCACAAGAGAAAUUGAACGUCAUUAAACCAAGCACAAAAGGAAACAAGCCAGAGAUUUUCGUACAACGUCUAGGUACAUUUAAACGAAAGGAUGACCAUCCUCAGUUAGCACGAGUCUCUGCAGGAUACGCUGAAUCAUUUCUUGCACCAAUGAUGGACAAGCAUUUAAAAAUUGAUUAUGUUGUCACUGGUCAUGCCUUAGGGUAUUUCAUCAACGUUUUAUUGUGGAAUGCCAAAUGGAAUAGUACUGCGAAGGCACUUAAGUGGAUUUUAAUUAAUAUGCGGUAA